AUGACGAUUCCAGCUGCUAACCAAAUGACUAAUGUCAUCGGAGGGUUUGACACCAAGAUCCAGCCAUCACCUUUGAAAAAAAUGAUAAAUUGGUGUUUAGUGCAUUUCAAAUUUAUAGUUUCGGAGUUUACGUCAACGAUGUUAUUGCUCUUUCUUGGAUGUAUGACAACUAUACCGUUAGACGGUUUUGAUAUUCACCCGCCGAUGUACUCCGCGAUUGGUUUCGGUAUGGUUGUUUUAUUUAACAUCGCGACCUUUGGACAUAUAUCAGGGGCACACAUGAACCCGUCGGUUACAUUGUCUGCUUUGUUAUGGGGCAGUAUGUCUCUACCUUUGGGAAUAGCAUAUAUCAUCGCUCAAUGCUUCGGAGCUAUCGUCGGUUAUGGAUUAUUAGUCGUAGUUUCUCAUGUGAAUUUGAUUCAAGAAUGUAUCUGUAUGACAACACCGCACCCUAACCAAGCUGUGUACCAAGCAAUUAUAAUUGAAAUAAUAUUGUCUUUAGCUUUAGGAUUUAUCAAUUGUUCGGUCUGGGAUCCGGUUAAUAAGGAAAAAGUCGACGCAAUUCCUUUGAAGUUCGGUUUUACGAUAGCUGCAUUUUCAUUAGCUGGAGGACCUUUAACGGGAGCUAGUAUGAAUCCAGCGAGGUCAUUGGCACCGGCGCUUUGGACAGGAAAUUGGUCCAUGCAUUGGAUCUACUGGGUCGGUCCGCUGAUUGGUGGAGCAUUAGCACCCAUAAUUUAUAAGCUGUUGUGGUUGAAAAAGGAAAAAUCAUACACAUAA